AUGGCAUCGUCGUCACCGUUCCUCAUCGCCGAGCACGUUAUUGACUCGCAGCACAUCCGAGAGUAUCCCCACGCGAUAAGAAGGGGCGACGAUGCUCUGAAACUAGUGGUCAAGAGAUACACCCCAAAAUCAAAUCCAGACCCCCAGCCAGGCGACCUGACUAUCAUCGGGGCUCACGGAAGUGGAUUUCCCAAGUUCAUCCUGAUAGUUACUAAUCCAAAGAGAAAGGAACUCUACGAACCGAUCUGGGAGGGGGUUCUCUCACAACUAAAUGACGAGGGAAUUCGCAUCCGGUCAAUCUGGAUAGCAGACAUUGCCAAUCAAGCGGCGAGCGGGGUCUUGAACGAGGAGUACCUGGGAAACGACCCAUCGUGGUUUGACCAUGCCCGCGAUCUCCUUUACAUGAUCAACCAAUUCAAGGCCGAUAUGCCUCGCCCAAUUGUUGGAAUCGGCCAUAGUCUUGGGGCGGGUCAAUUAGUACUACUAUCAUUGAUGCACCCACGCUUGCUGACCUCUCUGGUGCUUAUUGAGCCGGUCAUCGAAAAGGACAUGUACACUGGCAAGGGGCCGAUCUUUGUCAAACUCUCGCUGGACAAGAAAGAUACGUGGAAGUCUCGUGCGGAAGCGGCUUCCCAUUUCAAGAAGCAGUUCAAGACCUGGGAUCCGAGGGUACUCGAGCGCUGGCUGCAAUACGGUCUGCACGAACUUCCAAGUUCGGAUGCUGUCACUCUCACAACCUCCCGCAGCCAAGAGGUGAUGUACUACCUGCGUCCUAACUUUGGCGAUCGGAAACCAUUGAGCUCAAAACAUGACCCCGCUGCCCUGAGUGAACACGAUCCUUGCUUCCACGCCGACAUCAUUGGCCCCGCCCACGCGAUAUAUCCCUUUUAUCGCUACGAGCCUAUUCUAAUGUGGCACUUGUUACGGCACGUCCGCCCAUCUGUACUUUAUCUCUUUGGCGAUCGUAGCCCCGUCUCAACAGCAAAUCUACGCAGAGAGAAGCUCACGAGGACGGGGACAGGCAUUGGGGGCAGUGGUGGCUCGAGGAUUAAUCGAGUGAAGGAGAUCACAAUCCCUCGUACGGGGCACCAACUUCCCUUCGAGGAUGUGUCUCGAAUAUGCGAGGAGACGGCAUGCUGGCUCAACCAAGAGCUCACGCGAUGGUCUGAAGAUGAAGCACGUAUUCUUCAAGACUGGUUAGAUGAUACGCCGAAAGCUCGAUCUUCGGUCCCAAAUGGUUGGCACACACAUCUCGAUUCUUGUCUAUCUCAGACUAGCGAGAAGCCUAAGCCACAGUCAAAAUUAUAA